UAGUAGGAAAAUUGGCAUCUGAACGUGCGGAUUGUUCGAAAAAAUAAAAGAUAGAUAUAUCUAUUUGAACAUAAUUUUGAAUUUCUAGUGCAGCGCCUGUCCACAUUCCGUUCUGAACGAUCCACAUAAUGGUCAACGAACUGAAUAAGCCCCAAGACAAUGCCGCAUUGAGCGAGCUCUUGGCUGCUUCCAAUCGUCAGUUAGAGGAGAUGCAAGAGGAGCAUCGUCAGCUGCAGGCAGAACUAACACGCUUAAGCGCCCAGCGCCAGCAAUUGAGGAUGGCCACCAGGGAGCAGGAAUCGGUGAGCGUUGUAACCACGGAAUCACAGUCUUCACUCGCUACAGCAGAAAGUGCAGCAACCGAAGAAAAAGACAACGCAACUAAUGAGGACAAAGAGGAAACAGCCAAUUAUCUGCAGGAAAAGCUGGCGGAAAUUGCCAAUUUAAAAGCUCAAUUCAAGCGUGUGCAGCAUAUGACCGACUCGACAAAGCGUAUUGAGGAGCAUAUAUCCAGCACGGAGUCCAAAUCUUCGUCAUCAUCAACUGUGCAACAGAGCAGACAAACGAUGACUGCAGAGUCCGUGCAGUCCAGCAGCAGUUCUAGCAGUACUAGCAGAAGCGCCUUAUCAUCUGAGGCUGAAUCAUCCACUUCUCGAGCUGCUCCGGACAAUGCGGAACUCCUAAAUGCCAUGAUAAAUAUGGUUACGGAUUUCACAAGUGAUUUGCGUGGUCAAGAGGAAAGUUUGCGUGCGGAGCGUUUGCGUAUAAAAACUUUGAAGGAGGAAAUUAUACAGCGCAAACAAGGCAAAUAGCACAAUACUUAUUUAAUAUAA